AUGUCCAUCCCAACACAGAUCGCCGAGACGAUCCAGACGGCGCACAUCAAGCGCGACCCGUCGCCGCACCACGACGCCAACCCGUCGACGUCGGCCUCGGCCAAGGAACCCGUGCGCGCCUCGACCGCGGCCGAGUACCAGCGCGGGCGCCGGCAGCACCACGGCCCGGAUGACGACCAUGAGCACGACGACGAUGUAGCCGCGAUAUCAGACGACGAGGACGACGAGAUCCCCAUCAGCGUGCUGCGCCCCCACCGCCGCCGCACCAGCUUCCCGCCCAUGCCCGACCUGCGCUUCGAGCAGAGCUACCUGCACUCGAUACAGGACGCCGAGGGCUGGGGGCGGGUGGUGUGGAUCACGGUGCGAGAUCAGGUCAUGAUGCCGCUCGCGCAGGGCGUCCUGUACAACCUGGCCAUCUGCGGCUGGCAGUUCUGGAACCGCAACGCGCAGUACAGCGGCGGGUCGGCCGGGGCCCGCCUGCGGCGGUGGUGGUACAGCGUCAACAACUGGCCCAUACCGCCGAAGAAGGCCAAGGCGGCGUGA